GCCCAGGCCAGCUUUGGGGUUGUCCUGGGACGUGUCCUGGUUCCUGAGUCUCACGAUCCAGCGAAGGCGGCGACGACAUCUCUUUCGACUAAAAGACUCAGCGUCCAGUGCUCCAGUCGAAGGGUCUAAAGGGACCAACACCGGCACUGCCACCAUGCCCAACUUCUCUGGCAACUGGAAGAUCAUCCGAUCGGAAAACUUUGAGGAUUUGCUCAAAGUGCUGGGGGUGAAUGUGAUGCUGAGGAAGAUUGCCGUGGCUGCAGCGUCCAAGCCAGCUGUGGAGAUCAAACAAGAGGGAGACACUUUCUACAUCAAAACCUCCACCACCGUGCGUACCACGGAGAUUAACUUCAAGAUCGGAGAAGAGUUCGAGGAGCAGACUGUGGACGGGAGACCCUGCAAGAGCCUGGUGAAAUGGGAAAGUGAGAACAAAAUGGUCUGCGAGCAGAGGCUUUUGAAGGGAGAGGGUCCCAAAACCUCCUGGACCAGAGAGCUAACCAAUGAUGGGGAGCUGAUCCUGACUAUGACAGCGGACGACAUUGUGUGCACCAGGGUCUACGUACGAGAGUGAGUGGCUGUGGGUCCGAGAGCUGCCGGCCCACCGCCAGUCCAUGCUCCCUGCUUCGCCACCCUGUGGGCCGCCCCUGCUCCCCAUCCCUUGCUUCUAGACUAGCUCUCCCCUUGCCCUGGUCACUUCUGGGGAUCCUGGGAUGCCUCCUGCAGGGCCUCUGCCUUUUCGGCCCCUCCUCCCCUUCUCUACACCAACAAAGAGGAUUGCAGGAGCCCAGAUCACCCAUUCCUGAAUCACUCCCCCCACCCAAAUCAGCAGUCCCAGCCCCAAACCAGCCCAGAACACAGUCUAUUUCUGUGCGGGCAGCUGAGGGCCCAAGUGGGAAAGACUGGCCCUCUGGCUUCCACUCUUUGUCCCUGUAGCCUAUACCCUGUAGAAUAUUUAUUGGUUAACUUUAUUAAAAUGUUUUUAAAAACAAAA